CGAUGGAGGGGAUAGAGAGCAAUAAACUAACCGGGAUAUCGGAUCGCGAUGGGGGACUUGUCAGUUGAUCCGCAGAUUUCAUAACGAAUGCGAGAAUGCAAGCAAUUAUACGAACAUUCUACAAAUACAGACAUCCGCGUUUCGAGUGGAUAAAUAAUAAUCCGGCUUCGAGAUGUUUCGCUUAUCGACCAAGCAUCUCCGUGCGAUCGUAUCACAGUGAAAAUGGUGUUUACGGAUACAAACCGAGGAUUCAGCGACGCUUCGAAGUGUCAACAAAAUAUUUAGAAACCCGCUCAGAAAACAGUAAUUUUUAUCGGCUUGUUACCGCCUACAGAGAGCAUGGUCACAAACAAGCUAAUAUAGAUCCUAUAUCACCUAAGGCACCGAUACUACUGCCAGAGUUAAGUCCGGAAAAUUUUGGUUUGCGUUUAAACGACAAAGUUUCCUUCCAAGGAAUUUUAACAAUGGGAAAAGAGGAAGGAACGGUGGAAGAAGCUUUAGAAUUUCUGAAAAAAGCGUACAGUAACACGAUAGGACUUGAGUUUAGUUACUUGGAGACCGAAGAGGAAAAGGAAUGGUUCGCGGAAACCACCGAAAAAUGUGUAACGAGUUCCUUGACAAACACGACGCAAACAGCUAUUGCGAUGGAGAUGCUGAAAAGCCAGGCCUUCGAUCAGUUUUUAGCCGUAAAGUUCGUAAGCCUCAAAAGAUAUGGGUGCGAGGGAGCCGAGAGUAUGAUGGCCUUCUUUCAUGAAUUUUUCAAAUUGUGCGCACAUGAUAACUUGGAGUACAUCGUGCUCUGUAUGCCUCAUCGAGGUCGUCUCAACUUCCUGACGGGUAUGCUGAAUUUCCCAGCAGAAAAGUUAUUUCGAAAGCUACGAGGAUACUCUGAAUUUCCAAACGGCGUGAAAGCCACCGGCGACGUAAUCAGUCAUUUAGUAUCCUCCACCGACCUCGUAAUCGACGGGAAAAAUGUUCAUGUAACGAUGUUGCGAAACCCUUCGCAUUUGGAGGCUGUGAAUCCGAUAUCGAUGGGGAAAACACGCGGGAUAAUGCAAGCCGUUAAGGACGGUGGUUAUAACGAGGAUGAAAACGCGCGAUGGAGCGAUAAAGUGUUAAAUAUCCAAGUUCACGGAGAUGCGGCUUACGCUGGUCAAGGUGUAAAUCAAGAAUGUCUGGCUUUGUCCGCGGUUCCACACUUUGAGAUAGGAGGAACAGUUCACCUAGUAAUCAACAAUCAACUAGGCUUCACAACUCCACCUUCUAGAGGUAGAUCGUCGAGAUAUUGCACGGAUCUGGCAAAGAUGAUCUCCGCACCAGUGCUUCACGUGAACGGAGAUGACCCUGAGAUGGUCGUUCGUGCCACUAGAAUAGCUUUCGAAUAUCAACGACGCUUCAGAAAGGAUGUUUUCAUCGAUUUGAAUUGCUUUAGAAGAUGGGGUCACAACGAAUUGGACGAUCCAGUCUUCACGAAUCCCCUUAUUUAUAAAAUUAUAAACAAUCGCCCUAAAUCAGUACCGGACCGAUACGUCGAAAAAUUAAUAAAGUCGAACGUUCUUUCUAUGGAAAAAGCUAAAGACAUCGUUAAGAACCAUAAAGCUUGGCUAAAUCGAGCACUGAAACAGGUUGACAACUACAUUCCACAACCUGCAUACUUUGCAGGCCUGUGGAGCGAAAUGCAGCAAGCUGACGCAACUGUAACCCAAUGGGAUACAGGUGUAGAUUUAAAUCUAUUGAAAUUCAUAGCUUUAAAGAGUGUUCACGCCGAGGAUGACUCGGCGAUCCACCCACAGCUAAUGAAAAAUCAUAUUCAAUCUCGACUGAAGAAAGUGACCAACGAUGAACGCUUGGACUGGGCCACAGCUGAAGCAUUGGCCAUUGGAAGUUUGUUGUAUCAAGGCUACAGUGUCAGAAUAAGCGGACAAGACGUAGGUCGAGGAACAUUUUCACAUAGACAUGCCAUGCUCGUCGAUCAAUCUACAGGAGGCAUACACAUCUCCCUGAACUCUAUGAUCGAGGGUCAAACUGGAAAACUAGAGUUGGCGAACAGUAUUUUGUCGGAGGAAGCAGUUCUUGGCUACGAGUAUGGUAUGAGCGUAGCUUUACCAACUACUUUGACCAUCUGGGAGGCUCAGUUUGGCGAUUUUUUUAAUGGAGCACAGAUCAUUAUCGACACUUUCGUAAGCAGCGGAGAAGUAAAAUGGAUGUUAAGUAGCGGGCUAACAAUGCUCUUACCACAUGGCUACGAUGGCGCUGGACCCGAGCACAGCUCCUGUAGACUUGAAAGAUUUUUACAACUCACGGAUAGCAAAGAAAACAGGCCUGACGGCGACGAUGUUAAUAUGCACAUCGUAAACCCUACAACUCCAGCACAAUAUUUUCAUGUUUUAAGAAGACAAAUGGUAAGGAAUUUCCGAAAGCCUUUGAUAAUAGUGGCUCCAAAAAUAUUAUUACGUCACACUGUUGCAACAUCAUUGUUACAAGACAUGGGACCAAAAACUAAAUUUGAGAAUGUUAUAGGAGAUGAGAAAGCGGUAGAGACAGAUGUAAAUAAGAUGAUUUUAGUGAGCGGCAAGCACUAUUAUGCUCUCGAUGAUUACAGAGACAGAACAGAACAGAAGAAUGUUGCCAUCGUUAGGCUAGAGAGUUUAUGCCCUUUUCCAAUUCAUGAAUUAUUACGAGAGAUCAAUCGAUAUAAACAUAUAAAGACAUUCGUAUGGAGCCAAGAGGAACCGCAAAAUAUGGGAGCAUGGAACUUCGUCAAGUCUCGUUUUGAAAAUUUAUGCGGUAGACCGUUGACGUACUGCGGACGUAAACCUAUGGCUGCACCAGCUGUUGGCGAAGGACAAUUGCAUCAACAAGAAGCUCAGGAAGUUAUCGAUAAACCGUUUCGUAUAAAAUGACUUUUCACAUCUAUUUCUUAACGUAAAAAGUUUA